AGUCAAGGCAAGUACGAGUUUGAGUGUGACACUAAGCAGAAGUCAUUAACAUUCGGUUUGCGAAAUAAGUGAUUAUCGUGCGGCUAAAAGGUGUCCCAUUGGGAGCUCAGCGGGGUCCUUCAUAGAUAAAGCUAAGUGGCGAAAUAAAAUCCACUUAAUGUCGAAAUGCAGGUGUUAGAUAUUGCUUAUCUAUCUAAUUAGGUGAUCGAUUGUCUAUCCCAUUGUUAUACACACUAGGACCUCCUCUUUAAAUAUAAGUGCUGGAAACAUGGAAUUUACAGUGGAGUGUUGUCACCUGUCACAGUAUUAAGGUGGUAAAUUAAAUUUUGUAAAAAUGCAGGCUUUUGUUUUAUUCAAUUUCUGCCUGAUAUUUGUUAUUUCAUCGAGCGCGCCAGUUAAAGAGGAGAACAAUCUCAAUGAAGCCAAAGAUUUUAGUGGAGAUGUUGGGGAAGAAGGCAAAUUAUUUGAGGGCGACAUGUUAUUGUCGUCGCAGCAACAUCGUGCGAUACACACUGCGACACAACAGCGCAACGGACUGUUGGGUGGUUCCAAACGCUGGCCGGAGCGCACUGUUGCCUAUCACAUCGAAGAAGAUGACUUCGAUGAGGAUCAAAUCAAAAUGAUUGAAGAAGGGAUGGCGGAUAUCGCUAAUAAGUCUUGUAUAAAAUUCGUGCCCAGAGCUUCUGAUGGUGACCAUGCUGUAAUAAUACAGGGUUCUGCGAACGGGUGCUUCUCUAGCGUAGGGUUUAAUACUCCAGGCGACGACGAUGACGAAGAGGUCAGUCAGGUGCUGAACCUAUCCAAGGGCUGCUUCAGACAUGGCACAGUAGUCCAUGAGAUGCUGCACACCCUGGGUUUCUAUCACAUGCAGAGCACAUACGAUAGAGAUGACUACGUCAAAAUUGUAUGGGAAAAUAUAAAAGCUGGCACAGAACACAAUUUUGCCAAAUACACGAAUGACACGGUAACCGAUUUCGGAGUGCCGUACGAUUAUGGCAGUGUAAUGCAUUAUCCUGAAACUGCUUUCUCUAAAAAUGGGAAUAAAACUAUAAUUGUAUUGAAGGAUGAUGCAGUGAUAGGCCAAAGAAAUGGCAUGUCUGAAAGUGAUAUUCUGAAGCUGAACAGAAUGUAUUGCGAAUAGUCUCAAAAUGUCAUUGAAGAAUGCUGAACUAUGAAAUGCUAUGUAACGUCUCAAUAACGGCUGCUUGACCCUGAAGUGUUUUUAUUGAUAGAGUCGAAUUGGCAAUAAUCUGUGAAUAAAAGUUUUCAAAACUGAAA